AUGUCCCACACCAUCCUGAUCACCGGAGCCUCAGGCUACCUAGGUGGCACGCUGCUCGCGCAGUGGUCGCAGGCCUCACUGCCGCCGUACAAGCGGCUCUUGGCGUUGGUGCGCACGGAUGAGCAAGCUGCAGCGGUGCAGAGAGAGUACGGCGGCGGCGCUGUGGGAGCGGAGCCCAUCAUUUUCAACACCAAGGACGAAGCGGCCGUGCACAGAGCCGUGGUCGACAAUAGCAUCACGAUCGUUUUUUUCUUGAUCGACGCCAUGACGGCGACGGCGCAGGGGUACUUCAUCAGUGCGCUGGCUGAGGUGAAGCGGAGGACGGGGCUGGAUGUUCACUUUUUGCAUACCAGCGGCGCAAAGAUCUUCUCCAGCCAUGCCGGCGCGCCGACAGACCGACCGCUCCUGGACACGCAGGAGGAUCUGUACGAGAUCCAGAAGGCGCAGAAGCCGGCCAUCCCGCUGAUACAGUCGGCCGUCGACACCAACAAUAAGGUCAUCGAACAAGCCGAGUCGCUCGGCGUGCCCAGCUAUAUCUUUGUGCCUUGCAUAGUGUACGGCCGAGGCGAAGGAUUCGGGAACCGCAUCUCGAUCCAGACGGUCGCGAUCGUGCAGGCUGCACGGGCCUUGCGGCGCGUGUAUAGCGUCGACAAGGGACGUCCCUCCUGGCCCGUCUGCCACGUCUACGACAACACAACGCUCUACCUCGCUCUCCUGCGUGCGAUCCUAAAAGGUGAGAAACCCGGGAGCGGGAAGCACGGCUACUACCUCGCCUCGUCCGGACACGUGGCGUGGGAAGACCUGUACGCGGCCAUAGCCGGGGCGUUGGCCAAGCGCGGCGCGGUCGACGACGAGACGGUCCAGCCCGCGACGGAGCAGACGCUCGAGAGAAUGGGCAAGGCGCUGGGCUGCCCCAAGGAAUUGGUGGCGUUGCAGCUUGGUGGACGAUGCACAUUCACCCCUCGUCACGGCGCGGAGGACCUGGGCUGGAAAGCAAAAUUCCCGGCGGAGCAUAUCCUCGUGACGGCGGGGGAGGAAGUCGACUUGAUCCUCGAGAAUUUGAGUUUGGGAGACGGAGUGAGACCCUAG